AUAGAUAUUUUUAUCCGAAGGAAAGACAUGCAGAACGAACAGCUAAACGAAUUUACUCCAGCAGAGCAUAUUCAUCAGAUUCGCUCAUAUUUCGAUAUCAUAGACAAUGCAGUUCAAAUUGGUGACACUAAUAGAAAAUAUUCUGACGCAAAGAUUCCAUCACAACCUGGAACUGCUAAAGAUAACACAUGGGUAACAUUCAAUCUCUCACCUCCUGGUGAAAAUAUGUUGGACCUUUACAAUACAUUCAUUACGUAUAAAAUGGAAGGUCAAUUUAUUGCAGAUAAAGAAAUUGGUUCAGGUUCCAAUAAAACAAACCCACCA